UGAUUUUUCUCACAUGGUGUGCGCCAUUUAUACUAUUAGUCUAUUAUUCCCAUUUUUAUAUAUGUUUAAUCACUAUAAACAAUGCUGUAAUCUCUGCCAAAAACUGACCUUCUUCCAGUUGACCCUGUUUCUUGAUCAUUGAGGAGAUCUUAUACACCAUUAUCAAAUUCUUUAAAUUUACAGUCACCCAGUGUGCAGUGGUUGAAUAGUUUAACUGAUUACACCAGUAGAGUUCCCUGAAACUAUGAGUACUGGUCCAACAAAAUCCACACCAAAUGGCUUUGAGAAUUCUUUGAGAUCGGAAGAAGAACAGAACAAGCAGAUUGACGAGAUGAGAAAGUUGAUUGGGCCGCUUUCAGGUAAGUUCGCCCUUUAUUGUUCUGAUGUAUCCAUUUCAAGAUAUUUAGUGGCUCGAAGCUGGAAUGUAAAGAAGGCAGCUAAGAUGCUUAAAGCGACCCUGAAGUGGAGAUUGGAUUACAAGCCUGAAGAAAUUCGCUGGGAUGAUGUGGCUAGUGAAGCAGAAACAGGGAAAAUUUAUAGGUCAAACUAUAAAGACAAGCAUGGGAGGCCAGUUCUUGUCAUGAGACCUCGUUGCCAGAACACUAAGUCUGUAAAAGGACAAAUCAAGUAUUUAGUAUAUUGCAUGGAAAAUGCUGUAGUAAAUCUCCCAGAAGACCAGGAACAGAUGGUCUGGUUGAUUGAUUUUCAUGGAUUUAAUCUGUCAAAUAUCUCCAUCAAGGUGACAAAAGAAACGGCUCGUGUUUUGCAAGACCAUUAUCCUGAAAGGCUGGGGAUAGCUAUUUUAUAUGAUGCACCCAAGAUAUUCGAACCAUUUUGGAAGAUAGCAAAACCUUUUUUGGACCCAAAGACUGCCAGCAAAGUCAAAUUUGUGUACUCAGAUGACCCCAACAGCAAGAAAAUGAUGGAAGAACUGUUUGACAUGAGUUUGGUGGAGUCUGCAUUUGGCGGAGAUGAUAAGGCUGAUUUUGAUGUCAAUAAAUAUGCUGUGAGGAUGAGAGGAGAUGAUAAAAAGUUGUCUUCUUUCUGGAAGAAAGACGAUAAUUCUGCAUCAAGUGCACAACCAACUGUGACAGCUGACCCCUCUUUAGAGCCAACAAAUUCAGAUUCUGAUUCCGAAGUCUUAUAUGAGAAAGCAGAGAAACCUUCUCUUGAUGUUGAUGAAGAGGAAUUAUCAAUUGAAGAAACUUUGCCUGGAACUGACAGUACAAAUGAGAAUAUUGACAUAUUAAAGCAGUGUAACUGAGGGGCAAUGUCUUCAACUUUUUAGUUUUUACUGUUUUUCUUUUGUAAUUGCUCCAAGUUUUGCUGACUAAAUGCUCACAACAUGGGCAAAUUAACCAUUUCUCCAAAUGGUUCAGAACUGAAGUACUCAGCAGUCAGCAGAGAACAUUUUAAUCAAGGUGAUGUACUGAAUGAUAUGUUAUAAAAUGAAUGUUGUGGAUAUACUUACCAA